GAGGGGCGGGAGGCGGUGGUGGGAGGCGCCGGCGGAGGAACCCCGCUCGCGGAGCUCGAGCUUGGGUGCGAGAAACGAAGGAAGCGUGGCUCCCGGCGCUUGCACCUUGCCAUGGUGCGCCCCCUAAACCCGCCGUCGCCCAUGGUCCUGCUGCUGCUGCCGCUGCUCCCGCUGCUCCUGCCUCUUGGGUCCGGAGACCCCUCGCCCACAGAGAGCCGCCUCGUGAACAGCUGUAUCCAGGCCAGGAGGAAAUGCCAGGCCAAUCCCACUUGCAAUGCUGCCUACCACCAUCUGGAUUCCUGCACCUCUAGUUUAAGCACCUCACUGUCCUCAGAAGAGCCUUCAGUCCCUGCAGACUGUCUAGAGGCAGCCCAGCAACUCAGGAACAGCUCUCUGCUCGGCUGUACGUGCCACCGGCGCAUGAAGAACCAAGCUACUUGCCUGGACAUCUAUUGGACUGUUCACCCUGCCCGCAGCCUUGGUGACUAUGAGCUGGAUGUCUCCCCCUAUGAAGACACGGUGACUAGCAAGCCCUGGAAAAUGAAUCUCAGCAAACUGAACAUGCUCAAACCAGACUGGGACCUCUGCCUCAAGUUUGCUACGCUGUGUACUCUUAAUGACAAGUGUGACAGGCUGCGCAAGGCCUACGGGCAGGCGUGCUCAGGACCCCACUGCCAUCAGCACUCCUGCCUCGUGCAGCUGCGCACCUUCUUUGAAAAAGCAGCGGAGCCCCACGCGCAAGGUCUACUGCUUUGCCCUUGUGCGCCCACUGAUCUGGGCUGUGGGGAGCGGCGGCGCAACACCAUCGCCCCCAGCUGUGCUCUUUCACCUACAGCCCCCAACUGCUUGGAGCUGCGGCGCCACUGCCUCUCUGACGCAUUGUGCAGAUCACGCCUGGCAGAUUUCCAGACCCACUGCCAUCCGAUGGACAUCCUAGGGACAUGUGCAACAGAGCAGUCCAGAUGUCUGCGGGCAUACCUGGGGCUGAUCGGGACUGCCAUGACCCCCAACUUUGUGAGCAAUGUCAACACCAGUGUUGCCCUAAGCUGCACCUGCCGAGGCAGUGGCAACCAGCAGGAGGAGUGUGAACGGCUUGAAGGAUCCUUUUCCCGCAACCCCUGCCUCAUGGAGGCCAUUGCAGCUAAGAUGCGUUUUCACAGCCAACUCUUCUCCCAGGACUGGGCAGACUCUACCUUUUCUGUGAUGGAACACCAGAAUAAAAAUCCUGCUCUGAGGCCACAGCCCGCUCUUUUCUUCUGCAUCCUUACCUUGAUUCUGCUCCUGAGCCUCUGGUAGCUGGACUUCCUGGGGGACUGCUUACACUCCACCACAUCUAUUCAGCUUUGCAGCCUGCCUGGGGUGAAGGAAGGACGGCAUGAGGAAGGAGAUGCAGUCCACAACAUGGCAACCCUGACACCCCCUGCUCUCCAGCAUGUCCAGUUGGCUCCAGAUGAGGCCCAGUAGAAGUUAGAAGCUUUGACCUACAUUGGAUGGUUAUCAUUCAGCCCACCCCUAACUCCUCUUCUGACUCAGGCUACCUCUCCUUGGGAUUUGGUGACCACAGUUAGCCAUAUCUCCUGGUAGUGACCAGCUGUAUCAAACUCUUUCCUGAUCCCAUCCUCCUCCACAGGAUCACUCAGAGUCUAACAGUCAUUCUCUAUUAAAUUCUCUAGAUAGGCAAGGCUGGGUGUUCUAAGGUAGCCUAAAAUGUCUUCCUCACAUUCACCGUUGUGAGGAAGGCUGGAGCAGAUGUCUAACCCCUUGUUUCCCCCUUUGAAUAGGGGAUGGGAACCUGCUACCUGCACCAGUCUGCCUCUGGAUCUUGCAGAAAUUUGAGCAUGAGGAGCUGGAGCCCAUGGGCCUUGCUUUAUUCCUACCACUGUCCUAAUUUCCC